AUCAAAGAUGCAUCCUCUCCUUUGAGCAGUUUCUUUGAAAUCGCAGAAGUUAUUUCAACGAUGGGUCAACUAAAUCAGAAGCCGAUUUCCGCAGCCCCUCAAGCCAUCCACAUUGAAUUGCGAACCACCGAGAACAGCGCCGCCUAUCUCCUGCCCAUACUUCAGUGCGUGAAAGAAAGCACUCCCUUCCUCAUCUUGUUAGAAAUUGGCACCGGCUCGGGGACCAUCUCAGUGUCCUUUGCAAAACUCACAUCAGAUGGUCAAGUCACUGCCAUCGAUCUGAAGCAGAACGUCUUACAACGCGCUAAAGCUGUUGCAGUAGGUAUCUGAAGCAGUCAAGAAUAUCUAUUUUCAGCUAGCAUAUGCAUAUGACCUACCCUUUGCCUACGGAACCUUUGAAGUUACAUACUGCCACCAGGAUCUCUACUAUUUGGCGACCCAUGGAAGGUGUUGAGGGAGAUACUGCGUACAACGAAGCUAGGUGGCGUCGUGGCUGCUCGUGAGAGCGACUUCGAGAACGAGUGCCUGUGG